AUGAAUAAACUUAUAAAUUUACCUGGAGACAUUUAUGUGUAUGAUGCCAUUGACACAGCGAGUGAGAACACUUUGAAUAAAGUUACUUUGGCAAAAAGUCAGUUGAAACUGAAAAUUGGUGCAGAAGUAAUGCUGCUUUAUAAUAUUUCUGAAAAGUUGAAGAAUGGUACCCGGGGGAAAGUUGUCCAGUUAGAGAAAGAUGGUCCCACUGUUGAUUUCAAAGAUGUUGGUAUUGUCACCAAAUUACAUCGAUGUACAUGGUUUGCAUACAAAUCUGGAAUGAAAGAUGUUAUUGUUGGGCAAAGAUCUCAGUUUCCUCUGAUAUUAGCUUGGGGAAUUACUGCUCAUAAAGCACAGGGACAAACAUUAAAGGCUGCUGUUGUCCACAGUGGCAAUGAAUUUUUGCCAGGUCAAUUGUAUGUUGCUUGCUCCAGAGUGUCGACGAAAGAAGGUCUGCAUAUUGUUAAUUUUAAUCCAAAGAAGCUCAUUAAAGAAGAUUCCCGCGUUGGUGUAUUUUAUUCUUCCCUAUCUGAUUGUCCUCCCUUGCCUGAUCUCAGUUGUUGUGUAUGUAGCUGUGUAGAUGAAGUAUUACAAGAUCACAUUGAAACCGAUGUGUUCAUUAAUUCUGAAAGUUUGUCAGAAACUGAUUUGGACAGAAUUGAAAAAGUUUGCAGUGAAUUGUUUGUUGAAGCAGAAGAACAAGAACAUGUUAACCUAGAGGAUUACAUUGACUCAAAUGAUGUUUUCAGCUCAGUAACAUCAGAAAACACAGAACAGGAAAAGAAAUUACCAAAUGACUUCAAUGUUUUUGAUUUUUUAGAGACUUUGAAAGAUAAAACCAAACU